CACUGAACCACACCUCAUGUUCCAACGGCAAGCUAAAGUCAAGCUCUUCUCAUCUAACUUCAACUCCUCCGCCCUCCAUUUUCCAGUUCAAUUGCCUUUUAUGUCGAUCGAUUCGAGAUGGUCUACGGCGGAAAGCCCUCGCGGGGCUGUCGAACAUGUCGCGCUCGCCGUAUCAAGUGCGAUGAAGGUAAACCAACAUGCAAGCAAUGCGCAAAGUCAAAGCGUGAAUGCGCCGGCUAUCGAAACGAAUUUGAGAUCGUCCACCGUGACCAGACAAAGUCUACCGUCCGCCGAAUGACUAAAGCUCUCAACAAGUCUCGCUCUACUACCACCUCGACCCUGCCGAGCCCCCGUCCGUCUCCCACGCGACAACAAACGCCCGAUCCCAUCGCGACGCUCACAGUCCCCCUCGCUCAACGCGCAUUCUGCUAUUUUGCCUCCAAUUUCCUUUACGUGCCGCUGGGCCACAUGCCACAUGGUCAUAUGGACUACCUCGUGCCUUUGAUCGACUGCGCACCCCCCGAUAGCGCCCUCCGAAGCGCCUUCAAUGCUUGUGCUAUAGCCGCCCUCGGGAAUAGAGAAAAAGCAAACAAUGUCAACCUCACCAAUCUUUCUCUCCGAGAACACACUGUGGCCCUGGCAAAGACGCAUGCCGCCCUGGGGAAUCCCGCCACUGCCAGUUCCGAUGCAACGCUCGCUACAGUGCUUCUGCUGGGUUUGUACGAGAGCAUCACGGCGAUCAAGGAGUCGCGCAUGCUGGCAUGGCGUUCACACGUUGACGGAGCAAUUCAGAUUGUCAAGCUGCGAGGCCGAGAACAAAUGCGCAGCACCAAAACCGGAAUGCUCUUGUUCCAAGCAGUGAGGCACCAAGUGCUCGGCCGCGCACUAACAUCGGGUACGCCCCCGCCACUAGGGUCCGAUUGGUGGAUGGACGACAUAGAUGAUGGGAGCCAUCUCUUGCCUGGUGCCGCCAUGCACCGCUUCGCCCUUCGAGCCAGUGAACUGCGAGCCGAGGCAGCUGCUCUAUUGAAUGGUAUCACGCGGACCGUCGAGAAUAUCGCACUGAUGCAAAACAUGGCCCAUCGAGUGUAUUCGCUAGACCAAGAGAUAGCUUCCUGUCUUCUUGCUCUGCCGCCAAACCUACGCUUCAAGACGCUAUGCUGGCUAUCCUACGAGGAGGUAGGUUUAUCACCUGGGCGACCGAACAACUACUCCAAACUCGAAGUAUUCCCCGGCCGUGUGGACAUGUACCCCGACUUUGUAACCGCCCGUACAUGGAACACUGCGCGCACCAUACGCCUUGUGCUAGCCUCCCUCGGCAUCCGCCUAGCAGCAUGGCUCAACAUGCCCGCCGACUAUCGCACAACUGCCGAGUAUGCCAGGUCGAAAGCCAUCUGUGAAGACACCAUUGCCGACGUCAUUUCCUCGGUUCCAUACCAUCUCGGAUGGCACACCAAGCAACAGGGUCUGUUCGGCAACGAUACUGACCGCUCUGGCUUCGUUUGUGGUCACGAGGAUGCGAUCAAGGCCCUUCCAGCUUGGUUCCUGGUCUGGGCCCUGACUUGUGUCAAAAACCAUGAUAUGGCGACUGACGAGCAGCGCAUUUGGGUGAAGGGCCGGCUUCGGUACAUUGCCGACCAUGUCGGUAUGAAGUAUGCCAACCUCGUUAACGACCUUGAACUUCGCUUCCCGUCAAUGUUCAUCCGCCAGGAUGGCACCAUGCCUUCGGCUGAUCCACUGAGGGCCGGGACGUCCAAAGGCCGCCCAGACCCUGUAAGCGCAACGCGCAUCGCCGUCACUACUCCUCGGACUCCUGAAAGCAUGGUUUCUGGAGGAAGGCGUCCGUCGCCUUGAUAGGAUGACGUUUAGGUUCAUUUUUCGAUCCCUCUACCAUAACACCAGAUCAGGAACCACAUGGACCGGCCGGAAGAUAUUCCCGGCGCGGUGAACGGUAGAGGCAUGCAACUACUUUGCUGCAAAAUGUCGUUGCUUCAAUUGAUGAGGAAACGAGGACCUCCGGUUGAACAACGCCUUAUGGCCAUCAAAACUAGACAUAGAAACCAUGAGCUUCUGCCGGUAGUUUCGGUGCUACCACAACCGACAACGCGGCUCACUGUCGAAAUCGACUUGCAUAUACCCUAAACCCAGCCUCGUUGACGCGGCAUUGAAAUCCCGGGUGGAAAGCGACAUUUGCAUUUUUUAUUUUUUUCAUUUUCCAGUAACGACUGGUGCAGAAGACAGAAGGAUUAUUAGCAAACGUUCGGAAGACGGACCGGUUUUACCUUCGAGUCGACAUGCCAAUCGCUCCCAGCCACCGGGCAGUUCAAUGUUCAGCACGUACAGUAGAUCUGUUGAGCUUGCAAUCCAAAGAAUGACUUUUUCAACCUUCG